ACAAGACAACAGUGUCAGUUAGUUCCGGGUGAAAUUUCAAAGUUGAAAUACGUCAAGUCUAUUUUGUCGUGAGACAAUUGCUGAAUUGAAUUGCCUGUAAAUUUCAAGUCUCAAAAUGUCCCACCCUUGCCCGGUCCAUAAUAAGGAUUCCUCCAGUGCUUUAAUCAUCACAAAAUCCGCAAAUUCGGACGACGCUAAGAUAGCCAUGUGUGCUUCCUUGGAAUUGGCCAACUGUCGCGCUGAGAACUGCCAAUUAAAGAAGAAGCUCAUUGAAUACGAGGCCACCAUCAGGAGUCUCGAGCAGCUGGUGUCCACCAUUGCCGACAAGCAGCAUCAGAUCCUAAACGAAGUCGUGGAGAUGCGCAAAGAGAGUCGCGCCGCUCCGAUGGCUAUCACUGACCAGGAGAACAUACCAGGCGGCCCAUCUAUUAUGCUUCAGGAUGAUGAUGAGGCUGAGGAUGGUUAUAGGCCGGAUUCAGAAUCCGAAAGCAACGAUCCAUCAAUGAUCGUCUCAGUCCGUUCAUCGACAGUUUCGCUCGGUUCCUUGUGUAUUUCGUCGACCAGCUCGAUGGGCGUCUCCAUGCUCGAUGAGAUGGCAGAUUCUGAAUUCGAAGAUGAAGAUUUAACAAGCGAUUUUGAAUUUGAUAACUAUUCCGACCAGGAGAUGGAUCUACCAGAAGUUGUGGAGGGAACUGAUCCGCUUUUAAUUACUUCUGACGUAAUGUCGCCUGUACAGGAUUCCCUAACCGAAUCCGAUGGCGAUCAAUAGUUUCUCUCGCAUAUUUAGGCAUACUUGCUGAAUCAGAGAAAUAUAUGUUAUGUUUAAAAACUA